AUGCGCGUGUGCGCCGCGGCGACGGGCGGUGGGCGUGGGCGAUGGGCGCCCGUAGCCUGCCCGGGGCAGGGCGGGGCCGUGGCCAUGGACGAGGCCGCCGGCGCCCACGACGCCGGCCAGGAGGGGCGGCGGAGGGCCGCGGGCGGCGCGGGGGUGGAGGUAGUGGCGGGGCUGGCCGGAACGGGGCCGCGGACCAGAGUGGACUGGCCGUGGCCGAGCCAGACGGCCGGGACGAGGCACGGGCGCCAGGCCGCGUGGGAGGUCGACGCGGCCGCGGGUCGAGCAGUGCGUGAGCGCGAGGGGCCAGCGGUGAGCGGGCGGGUGGCAGCGUCGCGAGGUCGGGCGCAGGUGGGGCGCGGUCGCCGCGGGCGCGCGUGUGGUCGAGCGGGCUCGGCCGGGGCUGCGGUGGCCGCGAGCGGGAGCCCGAGCGGCGGCGGCUGCGCUAGCAGCAGAGGCGGCGAGCAAGGCGGGGAGGGAAAGGGAGGCCGGGGUUCCAAGGUGAUAGCUCCCAGCUUCGAUGCCUUGAUCGCCCAUGCCUACGGCAUUGGAGAUGGAAUAGUUAAGAAGCAUAAGGCCAGUACUCUGGCUAAACACGCAGCCUUCGGCGUCUUCCUCACCAAGUAUGUUGUGCCCAAUGAGCCCUUCUACAUCCCACCAGUGAAGAAGGCAAAGAACUGA